AGUGAACGCACCGUGUUCGGAGCAGAGACUCCGCAGGUAAACGGCGCUUCUGUACAUUUAGUACGUACCGUUUCUUCUGCAGCGGCUUUUACACGUCAAACAAAAGUGGAUCCGGAUCUUCUGUCUUUGUUCUUCACCGAAUGGACGUGCAGACAGGAUGAACCUCUGGUUUUUGUUCGUAAUUCGGACCUACAUCGCUGCACUGCUGUUAGACGGCACGUUAGUCUGCCUGUUCAGAGGUGCGUUCACACGCGUAUCAUUAGGUGUGAAGAACAGUGCGGGAUUAGAGACUUCACCUGUACCUGUGGAGGGGACGGAGACGCACUAUCAGGAUGCCCUACUAAACAACUUAACAAUCAUUCAUUCUGCUCACUCAGUGGCAGGUCGUAGCAGAGGAGUGAAACCGCUGGACAGGACGCGACCCUUCGCUAUAGUGGACGGGCAGAGGCGGAGUCUCAGGCAGGUGUUACAGCGCGGUCACCCCGACACUCUGCUGUGUGGGCUGCAUUUUGGCGACAGCCUCCUUCUCCUGGACCUGGAGAAAAACCAACGUCUCCUGGCGAAGCCUCCCAGUGUCUAUUACUACCUGCCGAACGGGACCGGGGUGUACAUGAAGGAGAACCGAGUGGCUCAGUGUUACUAUCAUGGUUCAGUGAGAGGUUUCCCAGAGUCCCGAGCGGCAAUAAGCGCCUGCGCUGGCUUACGGGGGGUGAUCGUUCUUAACAGCAGUUUAAGUUUUGAGCUGCAGCCUGAUGAAGAGGAUGAAGGUCCAGAGAAAAACGGAGGUUCAGGAGAGCAGGGGAUGCACAAGUUCUACCCGACACACCAUCUGAGCUCCGAGUCUGGAGGAUGUGGCGUUUCUCACACCCCUGUACCGCCCAUUCAAGUUGCUCCUCAAAUUCACAGGGCUAAACGAGACAUUCUCACAGAGACCAAAUAUAUCGAGCUGGUGCUGGUGGCCGAUCACAAAGAGUACCUCAGUUACAAGAAGAACAACAAGACCAUCAUAUACCGCAUGCUGGAUGUGGCCAACCAGGUUGACUGGUUCUAUCGGGCGCUGAACGUCCGGGUUGCUCUGGUGGGUUUAGAGAUCUGGAACGAUCAAGACAAGAUCCUGAUCGAUAAAAAUCCCACCGAUACGCUGAACCGAUUCCUGGACUGGAGGACCAGAGAGCUGCUGCCACGCCUACGUCACGACAACGCGCAGCUCAUCAUGGGAGGGUCUUUCGACGGGACGACGGUGGGCAUGGCCUCUCAGUCCUCCAUGUGCUCCAAGGACCGAUCUGGAGGAGUUAAUGUGGAUCACCUGGUGAGCGUGCUGGGUGUGGCGUCCACGGUGGCCCACGAGCUCGGGCAUAACCUGGGUAUGAACCACGACACGGCUGAGCGCAGCUGCCAGUGCCGGAAUGAACCGCGUCUCGGCGGGUGCAUCAUGGAGCCGUCCACGGGGUUCAUGCCCGGCCAGCUGUUCAGCAGCUGCAGUAAGCACGAUCUGUCUCUGAGCCUGAUGCACGGCGGAGGGAUGUGCCUCUUCAACGUUCCCCAGCCGGAGAGGAUGCUGGGAGGCCCCCGCUGUGGAAACCUGUACGUGGAGAAGGGAGAGGAGUGUGACUGCGGCCUACUCGACGAAUGCAGUGACCCGUGCUGUAACGCCAGCACUUGUAAGCUGGUCCCGGGUGCCCAGUGUUCCUCUGAUGGCAUUUGCUGCGAGAACUGUAAACUCCGUGCCCCUGGUUCUCUGUGCCGGGAGCCUCUGGGUGAGUGUGAUCUGCCCGAGUACUGCACCGGCUCCUCCCCUCACUGCCCAGCCAACGUGUUCCAUCAGAACGGCGAGACGUGCCAGGACGGCGACUCCUACUGUUACAGUGGGGUGUGUACCAACAUGGAUGACCAGUGCCAGCUCCUGUGGGGACCCAACUCCACCCGGGCUCCUCCAGUCUGCUUCUCCUCUGUCAACAAACAGGGCAACAAGUACGGCAACUGUGGCCAGAUGCCCAACGGCACCUUCAUACCCUGCUCCAACACCGAUGUGCAGUGCGGAAGAAUCCAGUGUCAGGGUGGCAACGAUCGACCCCGCCUAGAAUUAAACGCAGAAGUUCUGACCACCAAGGUGAUCAACUUCACCUGUCGAGGGACGCAUUUCCACCUGGGUGAUGACGUUUCUGAUCCAGCCAUGGUGGCCCAGGGAACGACGUGUGGUCCAGGCAAGGUGUGUUUAGACCAGCGCUGUCGGGAGGUGUCUGUGCUCGGGGUUGAGCAGUGUCGGGGCAAGUGCAGCGGCCACGGGGUGUGCAACAGUAAUCAGAACUGCCACUGUGAUGACGGCUGGGCUCCUCCGGACUGUAAAUACUCAGGUACAGGAGGAAGCGUGGACAGCGGUCCUGCACGCCAGCCCAGAGGUUUCAAUCCCAUGCGUGUGGCUCUGCUGGUGAUCUUCCUGUUCGUGCUGCCGGUCACGCUGCUGUUCCUGGUGUUCCGCUUCCCUCGCUGCCGCCGGAGCCUCUUACGUCUUUACAGCACGCCAUUCAGCAAGACCAGGCAGUCCAGCCGAACUCCUCCCACCGAGAGAGUGAACGCUAACAACGGAGAGCAGAUCCUGCCGCUGAGGUACCAGUGGACGCCCCAGAAUGACAUUCCACUCACACGGGCCAUCAGUAAGGCUCAGGACAGGCCUGCUCCUCCUACUAAACCUCUCCCGCCUGACCCCGUCUAUAAACCACCUGUCCAGACGUCAGGGCAGCGGCCCGCGGCGCCCACCAAGCCCCUCCCUCCCGACCCCGUCCCCCCUGAGAACAGGAUACAUCGACAGCCGAGGGUGAUGAGACCAGCCGCCCCGAGCAAGCCCCUCCCCCCUGACCCUGUCCUAUCUGACCGACAGAGUCAGAAGACCGUCCCUCCCAGACCUCCAGUACCCAGGAAGCCUUUGCCUGCAGACCCCUCUGGUUACCCUGCCCCUCUGCCUCUGGUGCCCAUGUCUGUGCCAACAGUCCACCACACAGCGGUCGCCCCAUCUGCCAGCUACAAUCCUUCUGCUGCUGUUGCUAAUCCUGCAAGACGUCCGCUGAUGCCCCCUGUCAGACCAGUACAACAUCCCAGAAGGUUCCACACACCUCCUGCGGUGUGAGCGUGGACGACGCGCCGCGGCUGAGACGCUGCUCGAUGCCUACACACUUCUAAUUGCACUGAUAAUGAAAGACGUGCUAAUGGACGUCCUAGAGCUGAACCGGAAACGUCCUCUGCGACUCUUUGUACCUUUCAUGACGUGACAGCACAGCGGACAGAAUGAAGCAGCCGUCCUGUUACGACCAGGAUUAAAUAGGGGUGGAAUUUAUUGCACUAUUUAGCCUCUGACAUAAAUAUUCUGUUAAAUGUUCUUCUGUCUUCAGUGCUAAACGUUCCUGCAGAUAAAAGCUGCUGUUCUGGACUUUCUGACUUUUGUAAAUAAUGAAUGUGAGAUGAUGAGAUGAAUUUUGCAAUACAGUAUUUUUAUGUGAUUAAACAUUGAACCUGUU